UGGGCAGGGCAGUAAUAAUUUCCACCAGUCAAACUCGGUUGCACCUUGGUUUCGGACAACUAAAUACAGUACGAUCUGAAUUGCUUAGUCUGGAUUACAUUGCAUUCCUUAAAAAACAGUCGGCAAUCUGUCUACUCGGGGACUGAUGUUGAACUCUCCCCUGUUUGCUGUACGUUGUGAACAUUUAGAAAACUGGAAAGAAUGCCAAGUGCCUCCCUCCUCUUAAGUCCCAGAUGGCAGCACAGUGUGUAACAAAGGUGGAGCUGAGUGUCUCCUGUGACAACCUCCUGGAUAAAGAUGUCGGCUCCAAGUCUGACCCUCUGUGUGUGCUCCUCAUGAACACGUCAGGAACGCAGUGGUUUGAGGUGGGCCGCACAGAACAAGUUAAAAACUGUCUUAACCCACAGUUUGCCAAGAAGUUUGUCAUUGAUUAUUACUUUGAGUUGGUGCAGAAAUUGAAGUUUGGUGUUUAUGACAUUGACAAUAAAACGAUUGACCUCAGCGAUGAUGACUUUCUUGGAGAAAUUGAAUGUACUGUAGGACAGAUUGUGUCAAGCAAGAAACUGACUCGACCACUUGUUUUAAAGAAUCAGAAGCCUGCAGGGAAAGGAACCAUUUCGAUUACUGCAGAGGAAAUAAAGGACAACAGAGUGGUCAAUUUCGAGAUGGAAGCCAGAAAACUUGAUAAUAAGGAUUUCUUCGGCAAAUCAGACCCUUACUUGGAGUUCUACAAGCAAACUGACAGAGGAUGGCAGCUGGCACACAGAACAGAAGUCAUCAAAAACAACUUGAACCCUGUUUGGAAACCAUUCAAAAUACCUCUGCAGUCUCUUUGCAAUGGCGACUUGGAGAAGCCCAUCAAGGUAGAGUGCUAUGAUUAUGAUGAUGAUGGCUCACAUGAUCUGAUUGGAAUUUUUGAGACUAACCUAUCAAAACUGCAAGAAGCUUCACGAACUACACCAGCUGAAUUUGAAUGUAUUAACAUGAAGAAGAAGCAGAAGAAGAAACACUACAAAAAUUCUGGAGUUGUGAUUGUGAAAUCUUGCCAGGUUGUGAAGGAGUAUACAUUCUUGGAUUACAUCAUGGGUGGAUGCCAGAUUAAUUUUACCGUUGGAAUAGAUUUCACUGGGUCUAAUGGAGACCCUCAGUCACCACAGUCCCUUCACUACAUUAGUCCUCAGGGGUUUAAUGAAUAUCUCAUGGCUAUCUGGUCUGUUGGGUUGGUGAUUCAGGAUUAUGACAGUGACAAAAUGUUCCCGGCUUUUGGGUUUGGUGCCCAGAUACCACCAUCUUGGCAGGUAUCACAUGAGUUUCCAUUAAACUUCAAUCCAGCCAACCCAUUCUGUGCAGGGAUACAGGGAGUAGUGGACGCUUACAGAGUCUGCCUUCCUCAAGUGAAGCUGUAUGGACCAACUAAUUUCUCUCCAAUAAUAAACCACGUUGCCAAGUUUGCUACAGAAGCAGCACAGCAGAACUCUGCAGCCAAGGCUGCCACUCAAUAUUUUGUCCUCCUGAUCAUUACUGAUGGUGUAAUAACAGACUUGGAUGAAACCAGGAAUGCUAUUGUAAACGCUUCGAGGCUUCCUAUGUCAGUCAUCAUUGUUGGUGUGGGAGGAGCAGACUUCAGUGCCAUGGAGUUUCUGGAUGGAGACGACGGGACUCUCAGAUCACCCACUGGCCAACCAGCUAUCAGAGAUAUAGUGCAGUUUGUGCCUUUCCGGAAAUUCCAAAAUGCUCCGAAAGAAGCUCUUGCUCAAUGCGUGUUAGCAGAAGUGCCUCAGCAAGUGAUGUCCUAUUUCAACAUGUGUAACCUCCGUCCUCCCAAUAACCCGACCCCUGCUGCAAGUUCAUGAGGAAGCAUGACUUUUAUGCCCUGCAGAGAAAACAAACACAUAUUCGUAACAAGUAUGGCUGUUUUUCUGAGUACGAAUAAUACACAACUCAUUUUCUUAUUACUGGUAAAUGAGGGGGGGGGGGGGG